GUUAUUUAAGAACAUCAACACUGCGCGCUGUGCAGUCAGAGCGCAGUCUGUACAAAAUCCAAUAGCAUCCAAAUCGCGCAGAGAAUAGUAAAUAGUAAAUAUUUGCUAUGUCCAACGACUUUUGUCGCGUUAAUUUAAAGACUGAUGAAAUCACCAUUCUGUGUGCAAUCAAGGGACAAUGAACGUUCCAGAAAAGUUGUAUGUAACCAUGGUGAUGAUGACGCGUCUAGCCUCUCUAUUCAAGACCCGCCUGUAUUCUUGAAGUAUUGUGUUUUCAUUAAACGAGAUAAAAUGAACGGGGAUGAUAUGGUACUGGAAUGUCUUAACAAACAACAGGAAAGUCUGAACAUGAGUCAUCGAGGUCUAGUUGUUUUGCCACCUGCUGUUUCGAGACUUGUUACAUUGAAAAAACUCUUUCUCAACAACAAUCAGCUCAUUUUACCACCAGACGAGAUUCUGCAUCUGGAAAAGCUUGAAGAACUGAUACUGGACAGAAACCAGCUGACCAUGCUUCCUGGCAACAUUGGAUCACUGAAACACCUGACUUACCUGGGCGUGAACCAUAACCCAUUAUCUUUUCUCCCAGAAGCCAUAGGUGACCUGAGACAACUGAGAGAGCUCUGGGCUGUAGGAUGCGGUCUUUUCUCCAUACCAUCGUGUAUUGGUAAACUCUGCAUGUUAGAGAAACUUGGGCUCCAUAAUAAUAAAAUUACACACCUGCCAUCACAAUUUGAGGGCCUCAGCAGUUUGCAAUGGUUAAACUUGGCUGAUAAUAAACUUCAAGAGCUCCCAGAGGAUGUUAAUCACUUGCAGUCACUGGUCUUCCUGAACCUGGACAAGAACUGUUUUACACACAUCCCUACAGCACUAACAGACAUGACAAAUUUGCAGAUCCUGUCAGUUAAAUUUAACAGCAUCAGAUCACUGGAGGACUACUUAAUUCCUGGUUUCAGCAGACUUAUAAAGCUUGACCUCAGAGAAAAUCCUUUCGUGGACAGACCACCUCACUGGAAGGGAUUGGAUUUUAUAUUGUUGGGAAAAGUCUGAUGUGCUGAAGAAGAUUCAUAUGAGAUGAGUAGGAACUGAAAACGAGCAUCCAUUUGCAUUAAAUACUUCAGUCAAAGGAACGCAUAAAGACAAUCCACUUCUUGUG